AUGCAGUGUUUCUUGUUGCAGGUUACGACCUUCGCGUCGUUGCACCCAUCUUGCAGCCUUGAUGCGGGCUGCCGAGAGGGCAUGUGGUGCGCACCGAGCAAGGACUACAAUGGUUUCCGCAGAAGCCCGGACAUGUGCGACGACUGCAGGUGGGCCACAAGUUUAGAGAGCCAGGAAUACGAUAGCCUCCCUUCCCGGUACAACGCUGCUGCGUAUGCGGCCGCUGAGGAGAAGUUGUCGGAGGCCGUCGCAUACUGCGAAACGGCCGACACCGAGCCAGACCGAUGCGAUUAUGUGGUGAAUUUCCACUCAGAGCUCACGCUGGCUCCGCUAGUCGUCUUCAUUUGCACAACGGGCCUUGUGCUGACUUCCCUCAUCGCAGGCAUGGACAGGCAGGCGCAAAUCGCAGAGCUGCUCGAGCACCGGAUCACGCACGUGGUUGCUGGCCCGAGGCUCUCCGUGAUCACCAGCGCGGCGUGGCCGAUAUAUGUUCUAAGGAUGCUUGUUCUGCCUGGCGUGGUCGUGUACGCCUACGCCGGCCUCGUGCUCGCCAGCCCCUGGGCCUUUGGAGUGGCUUUACCGGUGUCCUUCGUAUGCCAAGGACUCGUCGUCUGCUUUGUCCACAGCGUCGACGGUGUACUCGCCCUCGCGUGCCUGGACGAGAGGGCGCAGGCGCUCAUCCGGGAGGCCUUCGCCGGCAUGCAGGCGCACGAGGACAAGGUCCAUGUAAUGGAGUCCAUGGACCAGAAGCAGCUUGAGUAUUUCCUUCGCCGCUUCUUGGCGCUUUGCUACGGUGUCCUGACCGUGAUGAACGUCCUGAUCACGGAGUCCAUCAUGAAUUCGGCGCCGCUGUUCAGGCUGGAUUGGGACGAACUUCCUUCGAGGUUCGUCGACAACCCGUCGGCGAAAGCAUGCACCAACGUCGUCACCACGCUCAGCGCCACCGCCAUCUUGGCGACCUCUUUUCUGGCGCUGAUGUGGUGCCUUGGUUACCAGAUAUCGAACUCGUUCAGACGCCAUGGUGUCCUCGAUGUCGUGUUCGCGCCAGUGGUGACGCUGGUGACCAUGUCAGCGCUGCCCUUCUGCCUCUUGAUCUUCGGGUACGCGUCGAUCUGGUUCGCGUAG